CUGCGUUGGAUGUCAAUUUUGAGCCCCCCCCCCUUUCCCAACGGAUCAUUCUGCGAUCGUUUUCACAAAAUGUUAUGCAUUACAACUCUGCGCUGCUGAUGGUUUGAAAAUGGCUGCAUUUAAAGUUUUGCUUUUUUUUUGUUUUUUUUUUCUUCUUGAGCAGGGGAUAUUGAGAGGUUCUAAGCGAGGCCGUCCGUUGGCCAUCACCGAUUCGGCGCGCACCCGUGUGUGCGCUCGGGGACUCAAAAGAGCCGACAAGCUGGGGUACCUCUCCUUCUUCGGCAGACCAUCUGAAGUGAAAAAUGAGUCCAAGUGUGCAUCCAAAGUGGACGACCUGCUGUAUGACAGCUGGGGAGUCAAGCCCUUGUGGGAGACGAAACCGUUUUCCUUAAUGAAGCUUCCAUUCAGCCCCAAAAGUAUGUCUCCCUUCCUCAGUGAAGAAUCGGUGAAAUACCACUACAGCAAGCACCACGCCGCCUACGUCAAGAACUUGAAUAAUUUAGCCGAUCAGCAUGGCGAACUGAGGAACUUGACUUUGGAAGAGGUGAUAGGGAGAUACUCCGGGCCGAUUUAUAACAAUGCAGCCCAGAUUUUUAACCACAACUUCUUUUGGUUGGGACUGAAGGAGCAUGGAGGUGGGAAGCCCUACGGAGAAAUAAAGAACAAAAUCGAAGAGUCCUUUACCACCUUUGAAAACUUUAAGGACGCCUUUUUGAAGGAAGCCUCAGGCCAUUUUGGGAGUGGCUGGAUAUGGCUAAUAAUGAAAGACAAAAAGCUGACCAUCUACCAAGGACACGACGCCGAUAACCCCAUAAGAGGAAACAUUGGCCACCCCAUCCUAACCCUAGACGUUUGGGAGCAUGCCUACUACGUGGAUUACAAGAAUGCCAGAGGGGACUACGUGAAAGAAUGGCUGAACAAAGUUAACUGGGAUUUUGCCAACUACAACUUAUCCGCUUUAAAUUAGCCCAAAGGGAAAAGCGCAAAAAUGUGGAAGCGCCAAAAUGUGGAAACAGCUCUUCACUUUUGUGUCCUCCUUUGGCGCAGAAGGGAAGGGUCCCUAUUUCGUGGCGACUCUUUUCAUCACUUCCCCUUUUUUUUGGAAUAUCCCCAAAUUGUGCGUUUACACGUUCAACACGAUUGUACUUUUAUGCUCAUGUAAGUUUUAAAACUGUGCGAAUUU